AUGGAGGCUCUCGCCCCUCGCCCGGCUCUCUGCAGCCGUUCGCUUUGCCAUCCCCUUCGCUCUCGCAUCCCUCCCCAGGAUUCCAUCCCGGUCCCUCCAGCCAUCUGGAGCGUGAUCGGAGGCUGGAGAACGGCCCGGGUUUGGAGGACGGUUUUGCGAGAUAGCGUGGCCUGUUGUGGGCUAGGCGGCCUGUGGAUGGCGCGCUUCUGGCUCCCGUCUGAGCGCUGUGGUUUGAAUGGAGGCCUCCAGGCGAGCUCACAGGAUAUCCGUGGCUUCCGAAUUGCUGUACAGACUACCACCGGCUGGCUGGUUCGCUCUCUGGUCAGUCUGCUGCUCAUUGGGAUUGCUGCUUGGGGCAUCGGCUUUGGACUGAUCUCCAGUCUCCGGGUGGUGGGUGUGGUCAUUGCUGUGGGCAUCUUCCUGUUCCUGAUUGCAUUGGUGGGACUGAUUGGCGCUGUAAAACAUCAUCAGGUGUUGCUGUUUUUUUAUAUGAUUAUUCUCCUCCUCGUGUUUAUUGUUCAGUUUUCGGUGUCUUGUGCUUGUUUAGCUCUGAAUCAGGACCAACAGGGUCAGCUGCUGGAGGUUGGUUGGAACAAUACAGCAAGUGCCCGAAAUGACCUCCAGAGGAACUUGAACUGCUGUGGCUUCCGAAGUUAUAACCCAAAUGACACCUGUCUGGCUAGCUGUAAUAAAAUGGCACACAAAUGCUUGCCAUGUGCCCCCAUAAUCGAAGCGUAUGCUGGAGAGGUUUUGAGAUUCGUUGGUGGCAUUGGCCUUUUCUUCAGUUUUACAGAGAUCCUGGGUGUUUGGCUGACCUACAGAUACAGGAAUCAGAAAGACCCUCGAGCCAACCCGAGUGCUUUCCUUUGAGGAGGAAACGAGGAAAGUUCUCCCGUAUUUUCCCAUCUUGCUCACUUUCUCUAAUCUUAAGUUCUUAAGUUAAACUAAUUUGUUCAUCUGUCAGGCAACAGUAUCUGACUAUCAACAGUGGAACUAAAUAUUUUCACUCUAACAUUUCUCUAAACCUUUUUUUGUUGACAUUACUGAAAAGGCAAUUGAAAUCCAUGGUGUUUGCUGACCCUCAGUGGUCCUUAUAAUCUACUGUUCUUGUCUGGCACUGUCCACUGUGGCCUUUCUUAGCCUUUUUAUGUGCUGUAAAACUGUGUGUGGCAUCCUGGGGAAAUGAAAUUGUGAGCCCCAAUCUCCAUCUCACCAGAUAGUUGUACAGAGCACUGUGCUGUGCGGGCGGCUCCCCCAAAAGACACUUGAAGUUCACGAAGUGGAAAGAAGAGUCUGUGGUGUUCAGUCCUUAGGAGAAAUCUGAGUUCCCUACACUUUAUAUCUUUUUAGGAAAGCUACAUUGUAAUGAAAAGUGUUAGCAUAUAAGUGAUCAUUUAGUUCUAGUAGUCUGCCAUGAUUACAUCUGUGUAUUCUAGAAGUAGCUGUGUCUUUAGGAAACGGAAGUUUAGUUUUUGAGUUUUAUAGUUGAGGUAAAGGAGGUACCAUUUGGGAAAUGUUCUGGAGUGUGACAGUUAUCUUCAGCUUUCAAAAUGAGAUGAGCUAGAAGAUAGCUACAUAAUUGGACAUUCUUUUUUUUUUUUAAUAAUUUGAAGUUCAAAACACUGUAUUUGUAAGCAAUGUGCAAUCAAUAUGUUGGCCUGUGCAACAAAAAGAUAUUUGAUUUUCUUAAAAAAAAUAACUAAGUUAUUGUGACAGUGAGUUGUCAAAUCCAGACCUAUUUAAAUGCGCUACCUCCCAUAAACUGAGAGAGAAAUGGUGUUUGUGGCUCUGUAUGUUACAUUAAAAAUUAAAAGCUG